AUGGAUGAAGAUCCUGAACAUAAAUUCAUUUUACGUGAAGACUUUUUAAAAUUCGUGUCGGUAGAAAAUACAACUGGUAAAAAUGUAUCCAAUGUAAUUUUAGAUUGUAUUAGUUCUCUUGGUAUAAAUCCGAAAUAUAUGGUAGGACAAGGAUAUGACGGGGCGGCUGCAAUGAGCGGGCAUUUUAAAGGAGUGCAAACCAUUAUUCGAAAAGAAUAUCCGGCCGCACUUUAUGUGCACUGCAGUGCUCAUUCUUUAAAUUUGGCUCUCUCUCAUUCGUGCAGUAUCCAACAUAUCCGUAACUGUAUUGGUACCAUAAAGUCGGUGGGCAAUUUCAUAAAAAGCUCAGCAACGAGAACAGAAAUGUUAAAGAAAUACAUUAAAGAACAAUUUCCGGAAUCUAAAUGGACCAAACUCACGUCAAUGUGUGAAACACGUUGGGUGGAAAAUCACGACGGGCUAAUACGAUUUACAGAAAUAUAUAAGGCAAUUGUAAAUACACUAGAAGAAUUGCAGUCAACUCGUGAUAUUGAAACGUCAUCAAAAGCGUUACAAUUAGGAAAAACUAUUAUAACAAGCGACUUUGUUAUAAGUAUGGUAUCAGCAUCUACACUUUUUUCCCUAACAUUACCACUGUGUAAGAACUUACAGUCUGUAAAUUGUGAUUUAACUGAGGCAAUGGAGUAUGUUGAUACUGUAUUACACGAAAUAAAAGAUAUGCGGGGUAAUAUGAAUAAUACAUUUUCCAAAAUAUUUAAAAAAACAGAUGCUCUCAUAAAAUCAAUUGAUUCCGAAGAAGUUAUAAAAAUACCUAGAAUUGUUGGACGUCAAAAAAAUAGAAGUAACAUUGUUAUGGAUUCACCUGAAGAAUAUUACAGGGUUACAAUAGCUAUUCCUUUUUUUGACGACUUCAUAGAACAACUUCAAACAAGGUUCAAUAAUCAUAAAAAUAUAAUUUCUUCACUGCACAAGUUAUUACCAAAAAUGUGCAAUACAUUUGAGAUCGAUUUAAAUGAUUUUGAAAUAUACUCAGCAUUUGUGGAUUUGGAAGUAUUGCCACAGGAAAUUAAUCUGUGGAAAAGAAAAUGGACUGAAAAAGUAGAUAAAGAUCUUCCAAAUUCGGCUAUUGAAGCAUACGUCAAAUGUAACUAUGAAUAUUUUCCAAAUAUAUCUUUUCUAUUAAAAAUAUUAGCAACAUUACCAGUAUCGACUGCUACGCCAGAGCGCUCAUUCUCUACCUUAAAAAGGUUAAAAAACUUUUUAAGAAAUUCCUCAGGUCAAGAACGACUUACAGGUCUAGCACUUCUGAGUGAACAGACAUAUUAA